GUGCGGCCGUAUAAAGUCGCUUGUCCUCCUCUGCGUAGAUCUUUCCAGUCGCAUGUUGAAGUUGUGAACGGAUCAUGUCUAGUGAUUCUGCUGAUUACAACAGCUCCAGAGAUCGUGAGCACGAUGCAGGGCCAGAGGGAAUGGAACCGGAUGGUGUCAUCGAGAGCAACUGGAACGAGAUCACAGACAACUUCGAUGACAUGGCCCUGAAGGAGACCCUCCUUAGGGGAAUUUAUGCGUAUGGUUUUGAGAAACCGUCAGCCAUUCAACAGCGAGCGAUCAUUCCCUGUAUCAAAUGCUACGAUGUUAUUGCCCAGGCCCAAUCGGGCACCGGCAAGACGGCCACGUUUGCCAUCUCCAUCCUCCAGCAGCUGGACAUAGAGCAGAAGGAGACCCAGGCACUGGUGCUGGCUCCCACUAGGGAGUUGGCUCAGCAGAUCCAGAAAGUGAUUCUGGCUCUGGGCGACUACAUGGGCGCUGCUUGCCACGCCUGCAUCGGGGGGACCAAUGUCCGCAACGAGAUGCAGAAGCUGCAGGCUGAGGCCCCUCACAUAGUGGUGGGCACCCCGGGCCGGGUGUUCGACAUGCUUAACAGGAGAUACCUGUCUCCUAAAUGCAUCAAGAUGUUUGUCCUGGAUGAAGCUGAUGAGAUGCUCAGUCGAGGCUUCAAGGAUCAGAUCUAUGAGAUCUUCCAGAAACUGAGCACACACAUCCAAGUGGUCCUUCUCUCUGCCACCAUGCCUGCAGAUGUCCUGGAAGUGACCAAGAAAUUCAUGAGGGAUCCCAUACGCAUUCUGGUGAAGAAAGAAGAACUUACCCUCGAGGGUAUCAAGCAGUUUUACAUUAAUGUGGAGCGAGAGGAGUGGAAGCUGGACACGCUGUGUGACCUGUACGAGACACUCACAAUCACCCAGGCCGUGAUCUUUCUCAACACCCGGCGAAAGGUUGACUGGCUUACUGAGAAGAUGCACGCGAGGGAUUUCACAGUCUCUGCUCUGCACGGAGACAUGGACCAGAAGGAGAGGGAUGUGAUCAUGAGGGAGUUCAGGUCUGGCUCCAGCAGAGUUCUCAUCACUACUGAUCUACUGGCUCGAGGGAUUGAUGUGCAACAGGUUUCCCUGGUCAUAAACUAUGACCUUCCCACAAACCGAGAGAAUUACAUUCACCGAAUUGGCCGCGGUGGCCGUUUUGGCAGAAAGGGCGUGGCUAUAAACUUUGUGACGGAGGAGGACCGGCGUAUCCUACGCGACAUCGAGACGUUUUACAACACAACAGUGGACGAGAUGCCUUUGAAUGUGGCCGACCUGAUUUGAGCCUUGGGUUUGAGGUUGUUUUUUUUUUUUUUUUUUUCAAUCGCAGUGCUAGCGGUCGUACACUCGCAUUGUGCUUAUUUUAUUAUUCGAGGAAAACUUGUCAAUGCUGUCCCUGAAUCAGACUUCUGAUAGUUGUGAGAGGGUGACUUCUAAGGGUCUCCCGUGGACAGUUGCACACUCUUAUCUGUUUAGAGUCGGCCGGUUGGCGCUUCUAACGCCAUGGUAACGGUGAACAUUAUGGUUCUGAUCAGUCGUUUAUUUCAGUGUUCUAUCAAGGUGUGUGUAGUAGAUGUACUCCACCAUUUAGUAAUUUACUUGUGGACGAAAAGUUAUAAGUGCUGUAUCAAGUCUGCCAAUUAUGUUAUGCUAACAUAUGUGCAGUGUAAUUCAAGCCUGAAUCAAUAUUAUAGCUUUAACCUACCAGUUUUGUGGAAUGUGUUUUAAUUUAUCACUUUGUCAAAGUCAGUUUGACCGUUUCUUUGGCCUCAUGUUUUAACUUGGUUUUCCUGAGCUAAACUAAUUUUGAUCCUAUAGGUAUUUUCCCAAACUGUAUGAAUGUCUUAAUAAACCAAACUUGCUGUAAUAAAUUGGUUUCUUCAGACUUGGA